UCAGCAUAGGUAUCAUGGCCAAGGUCUCCAGAAAUAAAUGUUACAUCCUCCAGAAUCGCGAGGACCGUGCCAAGUUUCACAGUACAGCGUCAGUUUGUACACAAAAAGCGCGCUCGAUGGUCAAGAGUGAAAGUUGCCAAUGCGAGAAGUGUAUCUUAAAAAAAGAAAUGGCUGAGGUCGCUGAGGAAUACUACCACGUGUACACUAGGAUAGAAGACAUAACAGAAGAGGACGAUAGACAUUUAGCCGGAGCGAAGAAAGAAUACAGAAAUGACUUAACAGUUAUUAUUCCGGAAAAUCCAUUUCCGGAAAUAGAAGUGGAUGCGUAUCCGCCAUUGAAAUUUUCUUGGGUCAUUCCCAAAAAGCUGGCAGCCAUGGCCUUCCCAAGACAUAUAGAGAAUCUAAAGUUUCUAGUCAAUCAGGGGAUAACUCAUCUGGUAACACUGACAGCGGGCAAAAAACCCCCAGUGGACGACAUGCCUAGGUUGAAGUGGACUGAGAUACCAAUAGAAGAAUUUCAAGCACCGACAGUGGAACAAAUUGGACAGUUUAUUGAUGUUUGUAAACGGGCGGAUAAAAAUGGUGAGGUCAUAGGGCUUCACUGCCGGCAGGGUCGGAGCCGGUCUGGCGUGAUGUUGGCGUGCUACCUGGUCCAUUUCCACCGGUUCCUUCCAGAUCAAGCUAUGAACGUUAUCCGAAUGAUCCGUCCAGGUUCGUUAGUUUUCGAGGAACAAGAGGAAGCAGUUGGCAGAUAUUUCGAGUAUCUGACAGAGAACAACCCGUUGAAAUUUGGCGUCAGCGGCGAAGUUAUGGAGGAGUUUAUAGAAGUUGCUAAAGAUACAACGAAGAAUGCUUUAUAGGAUUUAGUUAUAAACAAUAACACAUUUUUUUUUUACACAUUUAGGUACCUAGUUUCAAUAAAUAUACUUAGUGUUACGGCCAAGUAGGAUAUAAGUCGCGUUAAUAAAGCUAGUAUCAUCUUUAACGCACACGUAUGUAAAUUGUAACCUAUGAAAAAGGGUUUUAAUUCGAUAUGACUUCAUAUUGUAAGCCAGAAAUCACGUCGCGCGAAAUACUCAUAAGUACCUAUAUAGCAAGCCUUUGAACAACGGUCCCGUGGCCAGCACAUAGGUCCUUAUAAAUAAUUAACCAAUAUCUAUAGUGCCAAAGUAGAAUAGAAUACAAUUUUUGUAUUACCUUUCAUACCAAGGUUGAAGGUAUCUAAGUGAACCAUGUUGCAAAAUGUACGUCUUGUAGCACAUACUUACGAUUUCAUUGUCAUACAGAACCAGUAGGUUAGACUGAUAGGUGCGCUCUAAAUUGUAAUAGUUUUCGAAGAUCUAAACACAAUAACGACAAAGUAAAAUAGUUCUAAUGUUCUUUGUUUUGACGUCGUACAUUCUGUACAGAUUAACACUUUACAAACGUUCCACUAAGAGCUCGGGAUGUAGUGUUGACGAAUUUGAGAUUUAAAAACAAGUCCAAUAAGAUCCAAUUCAUAUAUAUCCAAUUCUAAGAUAACGUGCAAUUCAUACUACAAGUAAAGGGCCAAGGAAUAUUAUCAAUGACGUAAAAGAAAGUUAAGUUUCGUAGAUCUGGUAACACCCCAUUCCUGGAGGGCUAGCAAGCGCUCCACUAGAUAAUUAUCUCUAUCCGCUACUCGUAUUUUUUCUAUAGAGUUAGACGAGAUAAUAGGCAGACAUAACUCUCUCUCGUGGCACGCCCUACAAGGCUGUUAUGACGUCACAAUAAAAGGAUUUGAAAGUUAUAGAGAAUCUC